UAAAGAGAAAGGGGGAAAAAGAAAAAAAGGAAGCUCAAGCCAUGGCCGGAAAAACUUGGAUCACUUGCUGGGAUUCAGACAGGAGUGCUGGAUAUUCCGAUGAGUCCACGAGCAUCGCCGACGAUGUUUUCGGCUUCUUGGAAGAGCAAGAAGAGUCCCCUAAUAGUUCUCGUGACUCUAUUGAUUACGUUGAGGAAGAUGAGGAUGAGAUUUCUUGUAGUGUUGAUGAAAACAGAAAAUUCUGGGAAACACAAAACCAACUUCUUCAGGCAACAUUGUAUAGGACUAGAUCCCUCGAAACAAGAAUCCGUCAAGCUACAAAAGCUGCAGUAAAGGAAAUUAAGCUUACAGGUCUGCAAUGCACAUGUCAGAAGGCGGUGGCUGGAGAGUGCCGGAAUUGCUUGCAGAGGGAGAUCUCAUUACAGCUUCAAGCAGAAGGUUUUGAUUGUGCCAUCUGCAAGUCUAAAUGGAAGAGCUCGGAGAAAAUUCCAUCAGGAGAACACACUUACAUGGAAGUGGUGGAUAAAUUGAGAUCAAAGGAAGGAGAAGUUAGAGUAAUAAUAGAAUUGAAUUUUCAAGCAGAAUUCAAGAUGGCAAAAGCAAGUGAAGAAUAUAAUCAAUUAAUCAACCGGCUGCCGGAAAUAUUUGUGGGAAAAGAAGAGAGACUAAAAGCUUUGAUCAAGAUACUAUGCUCAGCUGGAAAACAAUGCAUGAAGGAGAAGAAGUUGCACUUAGGUCCUUGGAGGAAGCACAAGUAUAUGCAAUCCAAGUGGUUUGGUACUCGUGAGAGAACCACAAUUCUUACUCCAUUGCCGGCCGGAUUUUCUGACCGGCUGGCUAAGCCUAAGGCCUCCAUGUUAACUUAUGAUUUGUUAGAGAGUUUGCCCGUCUUGCACCUUACUGCUGUAAAAGUUUUGUGAUGAACCAAUGGAAUUUAAGUUAAAUUUAAUGGCAGUUAAAUGAAAAAAAAAAAAAAAAAAA